AUUUGACAGUGGAGCUGCUGCUGCUGCUGUUUGUGUCGUAUCUCUGAGCUUCGGCAGUUCGCUCUUCACAUUAACAGCGUCUGGACCUGACCGGAUCUUGAGCACAGCUAUGUGCAGCUGUGUGCGGAGCUCCAGGGCUCUGUCCCCUGCCCUGCUCCCCAGGCUGCUGCUUCCCCACACCGGCUACAGAUUGUCCGGCAGGGCCCUCUGGACCUCACCGCACUGCCUGGCCGUCAAUGGAGACUCCCAGCUGCUGCCUCUGCCCAGCCAGGCCCGGGUGGUGAUCUGUGGAGGAGGCAUAGUGGGGACAUCGGUAGCUUACCACCUGGCCAAACUGGGCUGGACUGACAUUGUGCUCCUGGAGCAGGGCAGACUUGGUGCAGGAACCACCAGACUGUGUGCUGGCAUCGUCAGUGUGGCCAAGCCUAUUUCCAUAGAGGUUCAAAUGGCCAACUACUCCAACAGCCUUUACCAGCAGCUUGAGGGGGACACUGGCAUCAAAACAGGUUAUGUGAAGACGGGGUCUUUGUGUUUGGCUCAAAAUCAGGAUCGUUUCAUCUCUCUGAAGCGCCUGGCAUCCCGACUAAAGGUAAUGGGGAUCAGCUGUAACAUCAUUAAACCUAAGGAAGUAGCCAAACUCCACCCUCUUGUUAAUAUUCAUGACCUGGUAGGGGCGCUCCACCUCCCUGAAGAUGCUGUGGUGUCUCCACCUGAAGUUAACCAUGCCUUAGCUACGGCUGCUGCUGGACAAGGGGUUCAAAUCCUGGAGCGGACCACUGUUCAACAGGUUAUGGUGGAGAAGGGCCAUGUGAUGGCAGUGGAGACUGACCGGGGCUCCAUUGAGUGUGAAUACUUCGUCAACUGUGCGGGACAGUGGGCUUACGAGCUUGGACAGGCAAGUGAGACGAAGGUUUCUGUUCCUCUUCAUGGCUGUGAACACUUCUACCUCCUCACAAAACCUCUCCAGGAGCCACUUCCUGCAGACACGCCAGUGGUGAUCGAUAUGGACGGCAGGAUAUAUGCACGGCCAUGGCAGGGUGGCCUCCUGUCAGGGGGCUUUGAGAAGAAUCCCAAACCCAUUUUCACAGAGGGUCGAAACCAGCUGGAGAUCCAGAACAUGCAGGAGGACUGGGACCACUUUGAGCCAAUGCUCACAUCCCUGAUGAGGAGGAUGCCUGGUCUAGAGACCGCUGAGAUCCAUCAGCUGGUCAACUGUCCAGAGUCCUUUACGCCUGAUAUGCGCUGCCUGAUGGGGGAGAUACCGGGCAUCUCUGGAUACUACGUGCUGGCAGGGAUGAACUCCUCCGGUUUGUCUUUCGCUGGAGGAGCUGGCAAGUACCUGGCAGAGUGGAUGACCUACGGCUACCCCACCGCCAACGUGUGGCCACUGGACAUCAAACGCUUUGGUAACUUGCAGAGCAGCCGAACCUUCCUGAGACACAGAGUAAUGGAAGUCAUGCCUCUGCUGUAUGAACUGAAGGUUCCUCGCUGGGACUUUCAGACUGGCCGUCAGCUAAGGACCAGUCCUCUGUACGACCGCCUGGAUACUCAGGGAGCACGCUGGAUGGAGAAACAUGGCUUUGAGAGGCCCAAAUACUUUGUUCCUCAUGGGAAAGAUCUGCUCUCUCUGGACCAGAGUAAGACCUUCUACAAACCAGACUGGUUUGACAUUGUUGGAGCAGAAGUGAAAUGCUGCAAAGAGGCUGUGUGUGUCAUUGACAUGUCCUCCUUCACCAAGUUUGAACUGACUGCAACAGGAGACCAGGCUAUGGAGCUGCUGCAGCAUCUGUGUGCCAACGACCUGGAUGUUCCUGUUGGACACAUCGUCCACACCGGCAUGUUGAACGAGAAGGGAGGUUACGAGAACGACUGCAGCGUUGUCCGCCUCAGCAAGAACAGCUUUUUCAUUGUUUCUCCGACCGACCAGCAGGUCCACUGUUGGUCCUGGAUAAAGAAACACAUGCCUAAUGAACCACAGCUCCACCUAGAGGAUGUCAGCUGGAAGUACACAGCUUUAAAUCUGAUUGGACCGCGUGCAAUGGAUGUUUUGGCUGAGCUGUCAUAUGUUUCCAUGACACCUGACCACUUCCCCUCCAUGUUCUGUAAGGAGAUGAGUGUGGGCUAUGCCAACGGGAUCAGAGUGAUGAGUAUGACUCACACUGGAGAGCCCGGCUUCAUGCUCUACAUCCCCAUAGAGUAUGCCCUGCAUGUGUACAACGAGGUGAUGUCAGUGGGUCAGAAGUACGGGAUUCGUAACGCAGGGUACUACGCGCUGCGCAGCCUUCGCAUAGAGAAGUUCUUUGCCUUCUGGGGUCAGGACCUGGACGCUUUCACCACCCCGCUGGAAUGUGGACGAGAGUUCAGGGUUAAGUUUGACACGGACAAAGACUUCCUCGGCCGUGAGGCGUUGCUGCAGCAGCGUCAGGACGGUGUGUUCCGGCGGUUUGUCAUGCUGGUUCUCGACGAUCACGACACUGAGCUGGACCUGUGGCCGUGGUGGGGGGAGCCCAUCUACCGCAACGGCCAGCUGGCCGGGACAACCACCAGCAGCGCCUAUAGCUACACCCUGGAGCGCCACGUCUGCCUUGGCUUUGUAUCUCCGCCACCCGGCCGAGAGGGGCUCCCCACACCCAUCACCCCGGACUUCAUCAACCGUGGGGACUAUGAGGUGGACAUUGCUGGCCAGCGCUACCCAGCCAAAGCCAAACUCUACCCCUUUAGCUCCCUGUUCACUCAACAAAAACGCCGAAAGGAAGACAUUGAGCUCAGCAACCUCCAGGGGAAGUGAUGCAGAGAAACAGAAAAUCCUCUGAUACUCCUUCAGUUCACCAAAUCCACUCCUGCACUUAUCUCACAGUGCCAACCUAUCUUCCCUUCUCUGGCUUCAGCUCAGAGGGCUGACUGCACAAUCACUCCUGGUCCCUUUAAUGUUUAACUUCUACAUCGCGUCUCCCUCUUUCAAAGUGCAAUAUUUAACAGGAGCCAAGUGCUUGAGCUCCUGUGUCAUGUAAGUCUGUUGUUCUUUUUCAGUCCUUUCCUCCUUAACAAUCAAACACAGUCCACACAGUCUGAGAGCCUCCUUCACUGGGACAACCUGCAGUUAAGUGCCUUUGUCAGGGCAACACCAACACUAGGUCUUGAGAACUUUGUUCACUUUGUUUACUUUAACUCGUCCAGAAUGGAAUUUUCAUUUGACCGACAAUCGUCUCCAGUCGUGUUUCUGUCAUUGUUGCGAGGCUGAAAGAAAUUCAGAGCUGAUGUUUGUGUAGAUGUUGACUCUGCUCCUCAAAUUGAAACAUUUGCUGCUUUAAAGAAUGCGAGUGAUGUUACGUGUCUUACAACGGGAAAUUAUCCUCCCCAGUCGGUGGGAAACGGCCUGAUAUUAUCAUUAUGAAACCAUUGCUUUGUGUGCCGCCCAUUACUGCCACUUGCACUCCUGAUGAAAACACUUCCUAAAAGCCUCAACCGAUUUUCUUUAACCAUUUUAACCAUCUUCUUUUCUGGGGUUAUUUUGCUGUGAGUUUCGCUGUAAUAUAAUCCGACCUGUUAUUUAUGUUCUGUGCUUGUUUGGAAUCAGCGUUGCACCUCUGAAGCAGAUUUUUUGUUCUAUUCAUGCUGUUGAAUGCGUGGCAGAUAAAUGGUGAAACCAGGCUGGGAGAGCUGCAAGCGGAGCUGCAAGCCCAGACCUGUUAACUGGAGUCCACGUUUUCUUACAUUGGCAAUUUGAGUUUUGCCUGAUUCAGAGUUUGGAGAUUUCUGUAAAGGAAGGACUCCAUUUAAGAUAAAGCAAAGUAUUUUUGUAUAGCUAGUAUGUAUAAAAUCUCUAUUUUCUGUACUGCACAUUUUUUCUAUGUCAGUUUUAAGUUAUAUAUCGGCCAUAUGAAUAGUCAGUUUGAGCAGUGUCGUCCUUGCAGUCGUCCUUCUGAUCAUGGAUUAUUUCAAAUGCUUUCCAGAAUAUUCCCAACAUGCAGCUGCAGCUCGAUGUUUUCCAACCUGUGUGUUUGAAUACAGAACGUCUAUAAUAUAAUUUGGUGUGGGGGAGCCACAGAACAGCAGGCCUGGAGCUGGUAGGGAUUUAGCUUGUUGCCGUCUCCUGGUGUCAACAGGCUCUGCAGCAAACUGUGGGAACAUGAACAUUCGCUUGUCUGGCCAAAUGAAAGAGCAGAGGUCGCCUUGGUCACGUACUCUGCCUGAGUGCCUUGACUUUAGGAGGGUGGAUGGUAGAAUUAAAGGUAAAAUCUGUGAUCCAGAUGUAAGUAAAACACAACCCACCUCUCUCCGGCUAACUGACGGAACACAUGUACAUUUAAGCGGAGAGCCACAGCUAAAUCAAUGUUCAUGUUUAUUGAAUUUGUUUAAGGAUGUUGCUUGUUUGUCUAUUUACGGUUUCUCCAACUUUAUUGUUAUAAUCAUGAAUUGAUUUGCUCCGUUUAAUUACGAGAUUUAUUUAUUUUCUUUCCCUGAAAAUCCUCUUAAACUCGAUCAGCAGCAGCAGCAGCGGUUUCAUUUAUUUGGGGCCCGUCUGAAGCACUUUCACCUCUGAGAGUAGAUUGCAGCCUCUUUCAGUUUGGAUGUUCCAGAAAGCAGCUGCAGUGUUGACAAAACGAGAAUAUAGACGGCCUCAUUAAAUCUUCAUUGACGCGAGUGUGACUCUUUUUUCGAAACACCUCAGGCUUUUACUCUGCAAAAGGAUGUAAGAGCGAAUCAAGGACAUGUUCGGUGUGGUUGGCGUUGACGAGCUGUUUGGCAGCAGAGGAGUCUCAGCAGCAGGACGAUAAAGGGCCGCUGUGUGCAUUUUACAACAUGGCUGCUGCCGUGUGGCUGAGAAAGUGCACAAGAUGUGCGUCUUGUGUCGUGUUUCUGUUCAUCUCCAGCUGCAACAGGGAGUCGGUACAUUGCUUAUAAAGAGCUAUUUUUUUUUGUGCACAUAAUAUAUUAAAUAAAGCGUUUGCAUGCGAGAGUCUGGUGGAUUAUAAGGAGUCUUUAUCUCAGUGCGUUCGCUAUGAAGCUUCAACCCUGACCUCUGCUCUGUAGAAACAUCUCCCUUCAGCAGCGAUGCUCUGCUUUGACUCUUUGACACUAAAUGGCCACAUUGGACUUGAACUGUUGUCUGAUGUUGAAAUGUAACGUUUCCAAAUGUUCUGUUCAGCUCAUGUAUAUAAUCAUAAUCACAUUUCAACCAAUAGAGCUUGUGAUUAAUACUCUAACCAUGGCUGUGCUGUUCUCAUCACACAUGUCUACCAGGUUUUACAUGAGAACGUACGUCCAGAAGAUUGUUACGCUAAGGGAAGUCUGUUGUGAUGAUGACUCCUCUGUCAUACACAUACUCAACACCAGGGGCAGUGGUUUCUCUUAUUUAACAUCUUUCAUACUGGACUGAUCUGUAAAUGACAGCUUUCCCCCCAAAGCUUUAUACUGCUGUGUUCAUAUCAUAUUAAACUGAUGUUUGACUGUCUAAUGUUAAAUAUAGAGAAAUUAUUCAUACCAGAA